AUGGAAAUGGACAAUCAGACCACCACAGUGACUUCCUUUGUCCUUUUGGGAUUUUCCUGCAACCUGUCAGUCAACAUUGUCCUCUUCUUGGUAUUUCUCCUUAUAUAUGCCAUAACUUUGAUGGGAAAUUUGAUGAUUAUGGUGAUCACGAGUCAUCUUCCAAGUCCCAUGUAUUUUUUCCUAGCUCAUCUGGCUUUCCUUGACUUUUGUUUUUCUUCUGUUACUGUUCCAGAGUUGUUAGUGAUUUUCUCUGCGAGCCAGACUAUUUCAUACUCUGCUUGCUUUAGCCAAAUGUUCUUCGUCUUUCUAAUGGGGACCACUGAAGGUUACCUCCUUGCAGCAAUGGCUUAUGACCGAUAUGCUGCCAUUUGCAGGCCCCUCAAUUAUGUGCAAAUUAUGAACAAAGCAUGUUGUAGGAGGCUGGUGGGUGGUGCAUGGGCACUUGGCUUCUUAUGUUCCAUAAUCAACGUAUUACCUGUUUUGAGGCUAAGUUUCUGUGGAUCAGAUAUUAUCAGGCAUUUCAGUUGCGAGUUUCCAACUCUUCUUGCACUUUCCUGCUCAGAAACUUUCCUCAAUAAACUGGCAUUCUACAUGAUAGGAAGUGCCUUUGUAGGUAGUUCAUUAAUUGUUAUUCUAUUUUCCUACAUCCACAUCAUCUCAACUAUCCUGAAGUUGAACUCCACAGAAGCAAAGAGAAAAACUUUCUCUACCUGUAGUGCUCACCUUAUUGUUGUGGUUUUGUAUUAUGGUACUGGAUGUUUUAGGUAUAUGAGGCCCAGUUCAGCCUCCUCAAUUUUUGUGGAUGAACUCUUCUCCGUUCAGUAUAGCAUUUCAACACCCAUGCUGAACCCCCUUAUUUACAGCCUGAAAAACAGGGAAGUGAAGGAAGCCAUCAAAAAGCUAAUAGGUUACAAAUCCUAG